UGUGGUUUUCGACCCGGAAGUCACGGUGAGUUAUUUUGUUCCUUGGCCAACCAGCCAAUCAAAAGACUUGCCGAUGACUAGGCUCAUUGUAAUGGCGGAAGUUUUAAAUGAGCUACCAAAGGUGUGCUGUCCAACAUCCGACCAAAGGGAUGCUGCAUUAUAAACAAUGUUUUACGUCAGUGUUGGUUUAUCCAGUUAGUUGAUACUUUGUCUUAACAUUUUAAGGAAAAGGCGUUGAAUAGAACGGUGUGUUCGCAUCAAAAUCUCCAAUAUGGUUCUCAACUCAAAGCCGUCUUCAACUUUUAACCAUAUUUCUAUAGUUCGUUAUUAUGUUCUUUUGGUAUUAAUAUCCCUGAAGUCUUCAAAUGGUAAUAUUAUAAGCAUUACAAGGCUGCCCAACCAGGACGAUUCCUUCGAUGUAUUGUCUCAUCAAGGACUUCUGUGUCCACCGAAUACAUGUUCUAGAUACAAAGCUGAUCAGAAACUUUCUGGGAUAUCAGACUCAUGCCUCUGCCAGUGUCCUUCUCCACUCAGUACAUUUUACAGCAAGACAUACACUUGUUUGAAAAACAAAGACAUUGUCGAUCAAAAUAGAUGUAGUAAUAUUAAGUUCAAAGGUACCACUCUUGGAAUUCUUCCAGUAAUUGACAUUUUGAGCACUCCUGGGUCUUUACCUUUGGAAAAUAAAAUGGAUGGCAGUUGUUCUAAGAUCAAAUCUUCAUGGCUUUAUCUGAAAAAUGGUACUUGGCAUAUGGGCAAAAAUGGCAUAAUUUCUGUGACUUUGAAACAGCAUUGGAUACAUUCAGAUCAAUGGCUUCUUAAUUGGUAUUCUGGAUUGCACAGUAACUAUUCUGGGAUCAUCAUCAAAGUUGUAGUAACAUGUGAACAUGAUAACAUCCUUGACCACAUUGACAACAGGUGUUUGAUGUUCAAGAGUCAAGGAACAUUUCAAGUCAAACAAACAAACAUUAUCCCAACAACGAUACCUCAAACCUCAACUACAGCAACACCAAAACCAUCACAAACUACAAGAAAAGCAAAAUCAAGUACUGAAUACCAGCCAACUCAAACAACAGCUUUUACAACAAAAACAAAGGUAAUGUCUACUUCCACUGUGCAGCCAACAACAGCAAUACCUAAGAAAGACCCAAGAAAAGAAGACUCUGGUGUUGAUCAAAAAUUAUGGAUAGCAUUUGCAGCAGGUGGAGUUACAAUCUUUUUUGUCGUGAUAGGAUCUUUAGUCUUCUUCUUAUUGAUGUGCAGACAGAGGAAAAAGCACACUUCUAGAACAGAAAUUGAAGGGCAAUCUUCUACAAGAACACAAAAUGGAAACGAUCCUUUGCAUGACUAUGAGUAUGUUGUGUACCCUGUACUGACUGAAGGAUAUCAAUCCUCAUCAGCUAGAAGUUUAGACAAUGCAAUGUACGGACGUGGACCAGAUAAUGAGCUAAUCAUAAGAACUCCUGGAAUAAGCAUGGAAUCACUUGCAACAAAUUCUAUCAAUCACACCAGAGAUGGUUACUAUGGAAACAAAAGAUCAUCAUCUGCCUACUAUCCAAGAGACAUAUCACCCCUAAACCACAUUGUAAAUAACAUGAGUAAUACAAUUGGAAACUCAAGUCAUGAGUACGCUCAGUUACAGAGAAAAGAGGAUGACGUUGUUGAUUCCACUGGGAUAUACCAACCCCUUAUCAGACCAGUUACACCUGACUCGAGCGAUGACAGACCAGAGAAGAAACAGGCUAUACCCCUCGAGCCUAUAGAUAACAACGCUACUACAAUUCCAGACUACAUGGUUCUUGAACCAGAUGAUUUUAAUGAGCAAGAUUUAAGUGCUUGAACUGUUUAUAUUUAGUGAACAUAUAUUAAUAACAAUGCACCUAAUAUUUAUUGGAAAUAUUUCAUGUAUAUUUUUACCCAAAUUUUCAUAUAGUUAUUAGUUAUUUUUUCAAAAGAUUAUUUAUUUUGAAGAAUUGAAUUUUGUUUCUUGUUUAUGUACAUUAUAUUUACACAAAGAAUAAGAAAUUUAGAUGUAUAUUUGCUGAUAAUGGUAUUAAAGAAAUAUGUUAACCUGA